AUGGUUGGUGGCGCUCCACCUUCGAAUGGAAACCAAACGACUCCAUCAUCGGUCCAUCAUACUCCUACGACGAUGGUCGGCGGUGCUCCACCUACAAAUACAACUGAGCCCGGCUUGACUCCUCCCCCAUCUCAUGAGCCCAACAGUUCCACACCAACAGGCGAAAUGGGCUCUCACUCGACGACCACCCCUGAAGCACAGACUCAACACCCUGAUUCCCCAUACAGUCCAGUUCCGUCCGAAAAGUCUGGCUAUGGACCUGCUACUUCAGAAAACAAUGACGAAGAUGUUGUGCAGACUGAUCUUCGCUUCCUACGCAAUUAA